AUGCAGCUCCCCAUCCUCAACCUCCUCUGCCUCCUCGCCCUCGGCCUAGGCUCCUCAGCUACAUUCACGGCGACAAUCAUCCGGCCAGACGUGACGGACCUGGUCUCGGCGCUGCCUAUCCUCAGCCAUCCCGACCCGCACGACUACCCAACCCUCGGAGCGCCACUGGACGAUGCCGCGAUCGCGUCGAUCUCAGCGCAGGAUAAGUCCUUCGACAAGGAGAUCAGCUCGGUCAUGAGUGUUGCGAGCGCGAGUCUGCCGUGUAAGGCGGUGACGGAUGUCAGUGGGAGCCCGGUUACUAUCUGUGCGCCGACGCAGGCUAUGGCGACGAUGCAGGAUGGUGCGGCUAGGAAAGCAGUAGGAGGCGCAGUCGUGGUUGCUGCUUUGGGAUCGCUUUUGCUGCAAUUGUGA